CUAAAUGUACCUUCCACAAUUAGCUCAAUUGGUAUUCAAGUUGCUGCGGUCUCUGCCCUCCUCAGCUGUCUCACAGUAGUACAUGCCGGCAUCCUCCAUUUUGACCGCAUAAAGUGUUAUUGUCACAUCUUUUUCAAAGGGGCCAAAAAGCCAUUCUCGUCUGUCACCAUCCUCCAUUUCUCCAGUGUCUGCAGGAUUCAACUGCUUCCGUGUGCAGUUCCUCAUUACUUUAUCAUAUCUGUACCAAUGGACCUGGUCAUUGCUGGAUGGUGGGCGUUCACAAGGUAAAUUCACAGUGGACCCUUCGUUUACCUUGAGAAUGUAGCUGCUGGACACUGGAGGGGAUAGACACCAAGAUGAAAGACAGCACAACAGUGGAGUUGACUUCUGGAGCCAACCUCAAAAUGAAUGCAAUGUUUGCUGACCUGCAGUUUGCUAAACUGCAACAUAAAAUGGCCCUAUAUUUCACCAGUUUGAACAAUUGCAAUCUAUGAACAGAGUGAAAUUCUGGGGCUGUAUGUUUAAAUCUACUAAAUGCCUUACUCAUUGUGAUCUAAACCCUCUGCUCAAGUUGUCGUCCUGUUUUUUCUCCUCAACAUGGACUCAAAGAUUCAUUCCUAAGUAUAAAAAUGUAGGCACACUUUACACGGUGAUUGAGUUUUAACUUGUACAUUUUUUUUCAAGUCGGGUGUAGAAACCACAAGCCGAGAGUAUCUAUUUCAAGAAAGGCCUACAUCACGUCUCACGCAGUUGUGAUGAAAAUAGGAGGUGGCAAUAUGUGUCCUCACUAUCAACCUGGAUUAUGUUCACUUUUUGCCACCCCAUAUCAUUCUGCUUGAUCACACAUUCAUAUUCCCCCUCGUUGGCUACACUGACAGGAGCGAUUUCCAGAAAGAAGCCACCCGGGGAGAGCUUGAGUUGCUCUGAGGAUUCUGGGUAGUCUGGAACCAGGGAGUCAUUGUAUUUCCAGGUGAUCUUAGCCCCAGCAAAGCUUUGUUGUUUUUGGCCAGGGAGACAUGGGAUGACCAGGGUGGAGCCAGGUACACCAUACAGGACCCCAACGGAGGAAGAGAAAAGCUGAAUCGAGAGACAGAUGUACAACCAAACAAGAAGGUGGAGGCUGUAAGCCUGAUAUGGGGAAAAAGUCCAAGUUCAAAACCACAAUGAAGAAGAAAAUUCUCAAUACCGAGUUUAAUGAGGAGUUUGUGUACGAAGUUCCGCACGACCAGCUGGUGAAGAAAACCCUUGAGAUCUCCGUAUGGGACUAUGAUCUGGGGAUGAGCAACGACUUCAUAGGCAGAGUUGAACUGGGCAUAAAUGCCAAGGGAGUGAGGCUGAAACAUUGGUUUGAGUGUCUCAAACACAUCGGCAAGAAAGUUGAGUACUGGCACACGCAGUCUGUAAGCACCUUUGCCCAACAAGUUCUUGUUACGAACGUUGUAGUCACCAGGUUGUUUCUACUCGGGAUGCAGUUGAAAAAGGUGCCGAACGUCGGUUGAGAUGACUGGCGUCUUGCAACGCUAAUGCUAACUGCUAUAACAGUUCUAGGAAGUAUGGGAAACUGCAUACUUGGUGUGUCUCUGAUUGUGGCUGUGGCGAAAAAAGUGGGUGGAUCAACAGCGAUGGGUGUAACAUCAGCUCUCUCUUAUUGGUUAGACGGUUUUGACUGAGCAGUGUUGUUUUUAGUUUCUUACCAUGCAACUACCAUACCGCAAGUGUUUGGACUUCAGUUUUGAAGCCAGAAGAUGAGCGCAAAUUGUAUUUCACUGCUACAAAUAAUUUUCAGUGAAUAAAACUGACAAACUAUAAUUUUUAUUAAAAGUACUAAUUAUGGGUGUACUGUUGCCUGUAUGUGUGUGCUUACUGUGACUGUCACCCUGAUGCUGGCUACACUAGGUAGCUACUUCUCAUGCCGUUGCGGGACAAAAGUGCUUAGCAGCGGAAGCGAAAGUGUCACGGCUGACUGAAGGACUGGACCAAAGUGCAGCAUGGUAAGCGUACAUUUUUAACUCUAUUUUAAAAUGACGCGGACAAAACGAAGAACAAAAAAAACAACCGUGAAGCUUUUAGCUAUGUGCCCUGAACAACU